AUGUCUAUCGCACUCCGAGAAGAAAACUUUGUUGUUAUCAAUGUUGGGUCCACCAUUACAACAGCUGGCAUUGGUAUGCACGAUACCAAUAAGCCUCCCACGGUGAUUGUCAACAUGGCUGAUUUCAACUAUCCCAUCAAAAACAACGCCAUUGUCAACUGGAAAGACCUUGAGGAGUGCUGGCAUCACAUUCUCUUCAAGGAACUCAACAUUAAGAAAUCACGUAACGAGAGUCCAGUAUUGAUUGCUGUCCCUGUUCAAUGGACAAAGCUGGAGCAUGAGCGAAUCACUCAAAUCUGCUUUGAAAACUUUAAUGUACCUGGUGUAUAUAUUGCACCUCAACCUCUUUUGACAUUGUUUGGUUGCGGAUCCGUAUCUGGCAUGGUAGUUGAUAUCGGAAGUGAGAAUACGGAUGUCAAUAUCAUUGUCGACAGCAAUGUCCAAUCUCAAUCCAACUUUUCCGUCCCCAUUGGAGGCAACCACUUUGACGCAUAUUUACUGGAAUUGUUAAAGAAAGACAGUAAACUCGUUCAGCAAUUCACAGAUGCCGGUUUAGAGUUGGAUAUAGAAUUCGCCAAAUUUGUUCGUGAACAGUCUGGUGUCUGCAAUGUGUCUGUUGGCCAUGAAUUAGCAGACAACAUGUUGGCAGCAGAAUUGUCGAAUGCUAUGGAGGAGCUGCCUACAGAAUCAACUGAAGAAUUAAUAGACGAGGAUAACCCAAAGAAGGUGGAAGAGGAGGAGGUGGGCGACGUACCCGAGAAUGCUGAAGUAGAAUACAAAAACCACAAAUUCAACAUUGGCCCUUAUCGACAUGACUGCAUGGAUCCAUUAUUCAACCCUGAACUAUUGAAAAUAGACACUCCAUCACUUCCAGAGGCGAUGAGAUUAUCGGCCAUGAAUUGCGAACCUCCAGAAAUCAGACCUAAGCUUUGGGAGAAUAUCACUGUUGCUGGCGGCUGUUGCAUGACUAUAGGAACCACAAAACGCAUCAAGACUGAAGUGCAACUGUUCUUGCCUCAUUCAGAAAAUGCAGGUGAUACACAACCGCGUCAAUUGAGCUUUCUCAGAAUACCAGACUACUUCACUGUGCUCAAAGACAAACAAUAUCAGCAAUAUUCAACUUGGUUAGGAGCAGAAAUUGUUGCAAAGCUUGUAUUCAUUGAUGCAAAGAAUUAUAUCAGCAAAGUGGACUACAACGAAUCUGGCCCUUCUGUGGUUCACACAAAAACAUACUAA